AUGGCAACAGAGGCUGCCGUUGACAAAGCUGCCGAUGCCACUGCCUCCCAGUCUCAGCCUGCGCCCGACGCUCAAUAUGUCGACUCCGUCCGCUCGAAUUUGAAUGGCAGUGCCGGCAACGAUGACAUCGAGAACAAACACAUCACGAGCGUUGAGGAUCAGCUCAAUUCCGCCGAUGCUAGCGCCAGUGGAGGUUCCGAUACAGAGGCAUCAAAGGCCGAUGGCGCCAAGAGCAAGGAUGGCGACAAGGGACACGGCCGCACAGGCUCAUCCGUCAAGAAACCAGCUACCUUCAAGGCCGUCUCCGUCAAUAAGACCUUUCUCGCAGCAAAGGCAAACGCCAGCAGCGCCUCGGCAAAGACCGCCGACAAACCACCACCCAGCUCCAGCACUCCUCCCACCGGCUCCGCGACCUUGUCUUCCUCGAGACCUCGACUCAUAGCAAAGACUGGCAGCAGCACUCGCGACUCCUCCCCUCGAUUUUCUGGCGCAAAUGGAGGCAAGCCGGGUGGUGCGCCUGAUGCGAGCGCAGUUUGGAACAAGAACCGACCUGCCCCUACUCCCGAGCCUAAAAAGCUCACGGAUGAGGAACUGAAAAAGUAUGGAAUUCACAUGGCUAGUCGUUUGAACGAGGAUGAUGCCCAGGGACAGAACAAGUGGGCCGAUAUCGACGACGACGAUGAUGACUGGGCUCCUGAAGCUAUUACGUGGGGAGACGGUACAAAGACAACUCUCCCUCAUCCAGACGAACACCCGCCUCCGAGCUCCGACAAUGGUUCAGUCGCAUCCAAGGGUAAGGGCCUUGAUAAACCCAGGUCUCCUGCUCCGCCCGUUUCUAUCAGCUCGCCUCUGGUGAAAUCGAGCAAUCUGGCGCAGGGCAAGGGUUUGGUCUUGAAGAGUGGCUCCCAGGACAAGCCAAGUCUCGUUGCCAAACCUCCAGCACCUCCAGCUCCCAUCAAGUCCCCUUGGGCUACUCUCCCUCCAGUGGAAAAGGCAUCCCCUAUUGCGGAACAGGCGCAGCUUGCUCGGCCAGGGCAUCCAUCGCACUUCAAGGGCAUGACUCCGCCUCCACCCAAGGAGAUUGCAGCCGACGACUUUAACCGGUCUGCUUGGAGAGAUGGCUCAUCACACGGUAAUAGGGAACUCUACAACUCCCAUUCUGGGCGAUACGAGCCAGUACUGGACAACCGUCGUGGUUCGUUCAGAAUGGAUCAGCACCCAAAGCAUCCUUCCUUGCUGCAACGACCACCUCCAUCCGACUAUCCGGCAGAACCAUCCGGUGCAUUCCAAACCAAUAGGGUUUCACAGGAUGCGCCUUUCGGCAGGCGGCGGGGAUCGUCCAACGUCAGCGGUGGAAGCGGUUCCUUCAUGCAGCGCAUGAACAAGGGAAAUGAAGGCUCUAUGCCGCCCCCUGAGCUUCUCGGCACUCGAAGGACGUCGUUCGCGGGCUCUAUCGACAGUCCCGUCUCGCCAAACCUUUCGGUAUCAGCGCAUGGCCCAUCUCGAGGACCACAUCAGCCAGGCUGGAUUCCACGCGCUUCACCUCGCGCUGCCUUUGCGGCACCUCACCAAGCUGGUCCUCCACCGGAGCCAGUCGCUGGACCACCUCCACCACUUCAGCCAGUGGUUGACGAGGUCGAGUACCAAAAGAAGCUCAUGCGGGAACGUGUUGAAUUGGCUAGGAAACGGCGUCAAGAAGAGGAAGCCCGCGAAGAAGCUGAACGGAGGGAGCGCAUCCAGAAGAAGCUUGAUGCAAUGGGACCUGCCCCUGAGAAGAAGACGGAUAAGAAGGAGAUGCCGCCAAAGUCAGAGGAUGCAUCGCAGCCUACCCAUAUUCAACAGCGCGAAUCGAAUGCGCCAGCGAGUGAAUCCCCUGUACAAUCCCAACACGAGGCCGAUAAGUCGGCAGCCGCUCCACCAGCCCGACAUCUCGCACCAGAGCCAGAUGCCAAGGCAGGACCUCCUAACUCGGCCCAUGCCUCGGCACCGGCCGCUAGACGUGUAUCUCAUAGCCAGGAAGCCAAGCCUGCCGAUCUCUGGGGAGCAGCUGCAGCCACCCGACAGGAACGGGUCGCCUCAACCUGGGGCGCGGGAUCUCAGCCACCAUCUCGAAAUGUCUGGGGCUCCCCUAAUAAUGACCGGGGUCUCGGCAACGGCACCUUCAAUACCGAUCUGGGACGCCUACCUACCGAUAACCGUGCUGGCUCUCAAGGAGGUAAAGGACCCUCUCCCAUCGCUCCUCCAAGCAUUGCGCGACAGCCUUCUCAAGGGCGAUCUCACCCUCCAGCGCCUAUUGGAUCCGUGCCUCCACGAUAUGGUCCCCCUGGCGCACACGCUGCACCUGCCUCGGAUGUUACUAGCAAAUGGGUUGCUGCAGUCAGUGAGAACGACAAGAAGAUGAGCGCUGCGCGACUAGCCCAGAGAACGGAACAUGAACGCCAACUUGCCGAGCGUGGUUUAACCAUCGAGGAUGCUCAACCUACCAUCAAGGAGACAUGGCGUCAAGUUCAUGCUCCUGGUGACGGUACUCGACGACCAGUCGGGCCACAUGGACAGGCUGAACCUCAGCACCCAGCUGGCCCUUGGAGGGCGCCUGGAGAGGAGAUGAAGGCUGCGCCAUCAAGGGAGGACCCUCCCCCGCCUGCCAAUGCUGGAGUGAUUGGAGCUGGUGGCAGUUCGAUCCUGCCCCCGACGGGCAAAGGAGCAGCAUCACAAGCGCGCACAUCACGAUUCUUCCCUAUGAAGGAUGCUCGUGACUCGAGCCAGGCUGAGCCAUCAAGAACCAAGUCACCCACUCCGCCACCACCCACAAUGGAGGGACAUCCUGCCUACGAAGGAGACGUGAUGCGACCUCACGUUUCUCUCCCUAAGCCCCAUCCUGUUGUGAAGCUACCUCCGGCCAUGGCGCCAUCUCACGCGCCUCCAGUCCGCCCGCAGUUCGGUUGGGCUAACCCGCCACCGUUCAAGGAUCCCACCCGAGCUCCCUUGAGCCCCCAUCGGGCCCCUCUUACAGCCGGCGAGGCAACGCAGGAGGUGUGGCAGAACCGCAUCAACAGUCUCCUCAACGGCGCAAAGUCCCCACCCCAGAGAUCAAUUGGCGUGGAUCCGGCUAGUAAGAGUGCUUUGGACUAUGUUACCCAUUCUGACUCUGCUACUGUGUCUCUCCCUGGGGUCAGCGCUCCGCCACAGACGGGCAGAGGCCGUUCAUCACCAUUCACCAAGCCCAUGGCCGAGGAAUGCUUUGAGGAACAGGAGAUGGGCUCCCUACCUCAGAUCAGACUGCCACACAAGGCGCCCGAGGCGGCAUGGCAACCAGCCCUGGCUCAGAACAAGCCCUUGCCCAAGAAAUUUGCUGUUCAUUCAGCGGUAAUGGAGCCUUACUACUUCCCCGCCGACGUGGUUGGCGGCGGCAAUGCCAUGAAGAUUCACUUCCCUGGCAUGACUGAGCCCAGAAUCGUCACUAUCCCCUUCUCUGCCACCCGAGGCGGUCGAGGCUCUCACAGGCAGUCUGGCCCUAGACAUCGGGGCUCUGGCCACGAACGACGAGGAGGCAAGCGAGACGUGUCGAGCUCGCGUGGCGAACACCCUACAUCCUCUGGCCGAGGAGGCCGCGGCGGAUACCGCAGUCGAGGAUCUGAUAACUGGAGCCGAGGCUCUGGCACCCCUGCUUCGUUGUCUGCUUCGGGUUGA